CUGGUCCCGCUGGUACCCAUUGCGAUGUUUGUCACCGAGCAUGGGUACCAGAUAAUGUGGGUGCGCGGGCAGUCGAUGACCCCGUACUUGAACGAAGACUAUGAGGAGAUGCACACGAAGAGCGAUCUAAUCCUGGUCAAUAUGUGGUCGAAUGGGGGGUCACUAUUACCCUGGGAGAAGAAACGGAGGUUAGAGAGGGGGAUGAUAGUGACUUUUCGAUCACCUGCCAACCCUAGACAUAUGGCUCUCAAGCGCGUGGUCGGGUUACCGGGAGACCGAAUCACAACGCGAGAACCUUGUAGGAAGGAGUCGCAGAUCGUACCGUUCAACCAUGUCUGGCUGGAGGGCGAUGUGGAGGACCCGAAGAAAACGAUAGACAGCAAUACGUACGGGCCUGUCAGCGCUAGUCUCAUCACCGGACGGGUGAUGGCUGUCCUCUGGCCGCGGGCGAGACUGUUACGAUGGUCGGAUUGGGAAGGCGAGUCGGAGGAUGGUGUGCUUGCGGCGGAUUAUCGACAUGAGGUCAGGGAGCGGGUGGUCAAGGAGGCUGUCAAAGCGGAGCGUCCCUUU